AUGGCGGAAAUUGCCAUUGAUGCAAUGGCGAAUGGUAGUGAUGAUUAUAAAACUGCCUUUAGCUGUGACGGCCAAUAUUUUGCAUCGGUGUCUUCCAGUGGUCAAUUGGCUGUCUGGAAUAGUAAAAAUUGUAAAUUAUUGCAAACGCAUGACUUCCUCUCCAACCGAAUAACGUGCAUAGCAUGGUCGCCUACCUGUAACAACCCUAAUGAUUCGUCAAAACAACCGCCUAGGAAGAAGAGCAAAACAUCCAAAAAAAGUGCUCAAAAUGCGACGAAAACCAAUCUCUUAGCUGGUGGAAGUCCUACAGGCUCUUUAGCCAUUCUAAACGUUAACAAGGGAGAAGUUUGUAGCAAGAUGGAGAAUGGACAUCAUGCUGCAGUUACCUGUAUAUGUUGGAGUAGCGAAGACGUCCUAUAUUCUGCAUCUGAAGAUGGAUUGGUCAUUAUUUGGGAUUCAAAUACUGCGGAAAUAAAAAAGCAAUGGAAAGCUGAAAAAUCACCUAUUAGUGCGAUGUGCACUAACAGCGAUGGUACUAAAUUGAUAUUAGCUUCAAGAUCUAUUAAAGUAUGGAAUGUAGAAACUCAACAGAUUUUAACGAAAUAUACUGGUCAUAUCAAUGAUGUUGCAUACCUAAAAGUCUUACCAUCUCAAAAAACUUCUAAUGCAGAAUAUUUUAUAUCUGGUGCCGAAAGAGAUAAAUAUCUAAACGUUUGGCAAAUGUCUACGGAAAAAAGCAGCGUUCAUAGCCCCUUGGCUACGCUAGCCUUAACGAAUUACUCUGUUGGUCUAGAUUGUAAAUUGUUAAAAGAGCUUUCCAUAGCUGCAGUUUGUAGGGAUGGCCAGUUGCAUAUAUAUUACAUAUCAUUAAAUGGGAGCAAACGGAAAAAGCCUGUAUCACCUACGUCUUCAAUACAAAUUGUAACACCUGCAGAUAAAAACUCAACUCCACUACCUGUCCCAAUAUUUAAUGCUCAAUUUUGUGAUGAAGCACUUGAGGAACAGCUGUUAAAAAUAUCAUAUGGAUCACUUAUAAAUCCGAAUUACGAAGAUUUGGAUAUAACCAAAUGCGAAACACAUUGCUGCUUAAUUCGCGACAAUUCCAAAAAUCUAUUGCUAAGUAGAGAUAAAGCUGGUACUGUGACAUCGGCUCAGGGUAAUAAUAGUAAAGAUGCCAAAAUUAUAGGGCCAGUUAAUAUGAAGUUAAGUAAUGUUUCAGUAAAUAAGAAAUCGAAGACAACUAAAGAAUCUGCUCAUGAGGUUACUUUCCAAGAGAGACUAGAUGCGACAAAAACACAUUCACGCAUAAAUAGCGCUAGCAGCCUUCCAACGGCUGACUCUCUAUCGCAAAUGCUUAUUCAAGCUGUUCAUAGUCAGGAUAGUCGCCUUUUGGAUAGCGUAUUACAAAAUAAUAAGGAAGUAAUUGUAAGGAAUACUAUUAAGAGAAUUCCUAUUACUCUUAUACAGCCAUUCUUAAAAGAGGUUAUAAAGCGCUUUGAAUCGAAUCCAAACAGAAGUGGCAAUCUUACAUUAUGGCUAAAGACUGCAUUUACCGUUCAUAGCUCCUAUUUGAUUACGUUGCCAAACUUAAUGGAAACGCUAGGAACCUUAUAUACUCUCAUUGAAGGCCGUGUUCAGACUUAUAAUAAGCUAGCCCAACUAGAAGGACGCUUGGAAGUUAUGCUUACUCAGUUGGAGACUCAACAAGAUUCGACCGUCCAAGAUCAGUACGCACCAUUAAACAUUUAUGAAGACUCUGAUACCGAAUCGGAAAAUUUUAGUAUUGGAGUGUCAUCAUCAUCUGAGGAUGAAGAUCAGUUGCUUGAUCAAUAUUCAAGUACGGGUGAUACAGAAGAUGAUAUGGGCAAUUCUGACGAAGCCGAAUGA